GUUCGACAACUGUUCCACUUCAAAUCAGAGGCAAACGUCACUAGUGCAUCUCAGAGAAGCAUGCCAGACAUCUUGCCCUCUACGACAGCACCAGGCGCAUCUGCGGAGGCCCAAGCAGCGGCCUUUGCUGCAGACGACCGCAUCCAUUUUUCAAAAGAAAGUGGUACAUGGAGGCUCGAACAGGAGGAUGGCACAGAGCUCGAGUAUGACGCAGCCAAAGGGACAUGGGUGCCUGUAGUUGAUGAAGAUUUGGUCAAGAAACAACAAGCUGCUUAUUCGGUACCCGGUGUAGAUGAAGAGACCCCUGCCGCCCCCGUACUAAAGCGUGCCAAUAAAAAAAGGAAGGGACUAGAAGAUAUCCCCACCGCUGGUCCAUCCAGCAAGCGCGGAAGGAACGACCAGGCGAAGCCCCCGAGGUCUAAGAACACUGCUGUGUUUGUAACCGGACUCCCACCCGACACUGAAAUUGAGGAAGUCGUGGAACUGUUCAGUAAAUUCGGUGUCAUCGAGGAGGAUGAUGAGGGAGAACCCAAAAUCAAACUAUACGCUCGCGAUGAUGGGUCAUUCAGCGGAGAGGCACUGGUGGUUUACUUCAAGGAGGAAUCCGUCCCACUUGCCAUGAACCUCCUGGAUGAUGCCGAAUUGCGCAUAGGCGAUCCGUCCACGAUAAUGAGAGUCCAGAGAGCGGAAUUUAAACAUAAGCAUACCAGCGAUGCCGGUGACGGCGGUGUCCCUCGAAGAACCAUCGACAAGAAGAAAGCAACUAAGCGAAUAGGAAAAAUGCAAAAGAAGCUACAGGAAUGGGACGAUGAUGACGGUUUUGGUCCUGCCAAAACCGAGGAAGAUCGCAUUCAUAGUCAUAAUAGAAGCAGCCGAGUUGUUGUCCUGAAGCAUAUGUUUUCCUUGAAAGAGCUGGACGAAGAUCCUACAUUACUGAUUGAUCUGAAAGAAGACGUACGGGAAGAGUGUUCUUCCUUAGGAGAGGUAACAAACGUUGUCUUGUAUGAUGUAAGAGAACCGGAAGGUGUUAUGACCAUAAAGUACAAGGAGCCGCUAAGUGCCCAAGCUUGCGUAGUGAAGAUGAACGGUCGAUAUUUUGCUGGGCGACGUAUCGAGGCUUCGCUCUUCGCCGGUAAACAGCGAUUCAGACGUAGUGGUGUCGACGACGACUGGCAAAGUGAUGGUGAAGAAGCUGAGAAGAAGCGCUUGGAUGACUUUGCCAAUUGGCUCAUGACCGAGGAAGAGUAGGAAAAUUUCUAAGUCGACAGUGAACUGUGAUCUUCCCCUACCAAGUCCUACCAUAUCGCACUCCGCUUGCGUCGAAU